AAGAUGUUUUGCGUUCUGAAACGGUCAAAUCAAAUUCUAGAGCGGUUUAGUAUGGUAUUUUGCCAAAACGAUUUUUGGUGACACGCCCUUAGUGAUUUUUCAAGGCCAUAAACAAGAAAUCAGGCUUACUACAUAGACUGCGUUGCUAGGCCUUUCCCCGCUUUAUAGACUCGCCGCGAAGCGCGGAUGUUGCACCACGUGGCAUAAUCAAGCCCGUCUACGCUCCGAUGAGGGUCUCGGGAAUCCAACGCGAGGUCUUCGCUCUUUACCGCCGCCUGCUGCGCGCCGCGAGGUCGAAACCACCUCAGGAAGCCGCUGCGUUGCACGCGUACUUGAAGUCGGAGUUUAGAAGAACAGCGAAUUCGGUGGGGCGAACGGAGAUUGGGCGGAUUGAAUACCUUCUUAGGCGUGGGGAGAAGCAGGUGGAACUGUUAACGAAUCCGUCUACAACGGGGAUAUCACUGCCACAGCAGCAGCAGCAGCAGCAGCAGCAGACCCCUUCCCCGCCAAAUCCCGUGUCAAAAUAAUCCCCUCUGGAUCACCGAUCCGAUCCGAUCCGAUGUUCUGGCCAAAGUGCUCAGAAGGCUUCAGGAUGUGGGGGAAACAGAGGCAGCGGGGCAGCAGCAAGCAUACAGUCUAAGAGAUAGGGUGGCGAAGCGAAAUCACAUACUUGUUGGUGCGGUCACGGUGUCAGCCUGUCAGGGGUCCUUGCCUUGCUCCUCCAGAGGUGGGAGAAUGGGAGACGAGGAUGUGGGUCAAUGCAGACGAGGAUGAGGGGUGGGAGAAUGGGAGAGAGCAGGACGAGGGAGGGGAAAAGAGGAGGGAGGGGAGGCGGAGAGGAUGGGGGUGUCGGGGGGAUAGAGUGCGGUGAAUUGCCUGCAGCUAGUGGUACUUCCGGGUCUAUGAUAUCAACACUGGUGCUAGAUGUUCAACAGUGAUUGUGGGUGGGUGGGUACCGUAAAUACUGGUAGACAGGAAUCAAGGCACACUCCAUUCCUGUUGUAGGCCUUGGUAUUGUGAUAAGGUGUAUUCAUAAAAUGGUGCAGUGCAGCCCU